AUGUUUGGGACUUCCCUGCAAUUUAAUGGUGUUCGUGGUGAGGAUCGGUUUUAUAUUCCGGUGAAAGCAAGGAAGAAUCAGAAUCAGAAUCAAAAUCAGCGUAAGAAAACUCAGAGAGAUAAGUGUGGUGAAAAUAAGAGAGAAGAUUCUGUUGAACCUGCAAGUAACAUUGAUAGGUUCUUGGAGUCAACAACACCUUUAGUUCCAGCUCAGUUUUUCUCUAAGACAACAAUGAGAGGUUGGAAGACUUGUGAUGUAGAGUAUCAAUCAUACUUCGCCUUGAAUGAUCUCUGGGAAUCUUUCAAGGAAUGGAGUGCCUAUGGAGCAGGAGUUCCUUUGUUACUUGAUCAAAGAGAAUCUGUCGUACAAUAUUAUGUUCCUUAUUUAUCGGCUAUUCAACUAUACGGUCAAUCAGCUAAGAAGUCAAUUGUUAAGCCAAGAUGCAUAAGUGAAGAUAGUGACAGUGAUUACUACAGAGAUUCAAGUAGUGAUGGAAGCAGUGAUAGUGAGUUUGGAAAAAGGACUAAACAUUCUAUAGCACAAAGAAGUAAUCAAAAUCAAACAAGUGACGCUUCUUUACUAAUGAGCAGGCUAUCUGUUCAAGAGGGAUUUUCUAGCGAUGAAAGUGAAACCGGGAAUCCUCAAGAUCUUCUUUUCGAGUAUUUUGAUCAAGAACCUCCCUAUGGCCGUGAGCCAUUGGCCGACAAGAUACUCGAUCUUGCGUGCCACUAUCCUAGCCUCAAGUCGUUGAGAAGUUGUGAUUUAUUGCCAGCCAGUUGGUUGUCUGUGGCAUGGUAUCCUAUAUAUCGAAUACCGGGGGGUCAAACAUUGAAAGAUUUAGAUGCUUGUUUUCUUACUUAUCAUACACUCCAUACACCAUUGACAGGAAAUGGGGGUACUCAUGCUCCAAUAUUGGUUUAUCCGAAUGACAUAGAUGGUGUAGCAAAUAUAUCGUUACCAACUUUCGCAAUGGCGUCUUAUAAGUUGAAGGGAUCUAUCUGGAUGAAAAAUGGAGUUCGUGACAAUCAGUUAGCGAAUUCCCUCUUGCAGGCUGCAGAUAACUGGUUAAGGCUAGUUCAAGUGAACCACCCAGAUUAUCAGUUCUUUGUGUCGCAUGGCACAUACCACAAGUGA